GCGGCGCCUGCUCCAGGAAACCCGGGCAUCCGCAGGGGCUCCCCUAUUGCUCCAGUGGACUGGCGGGGCUGGGACCUCGGCUCUGGGACCUGCGGCUGCACCGCAGACAGAGGCGUGCCCCACGGGUGGGUGUGUCCGUUUCCACCCGCUGGCCUUCCAGCCCGGAGAAGAGCUCCUGAAAGCGGGUAUUUUGUCCCCCAAGACAGGUUUUGUCUUCGGUAAACCCGGAUCCAGAAGUGUAACUUUGCGGCCGGGUCACGCGUUGGGCCUUUGGGGGGCCCUGGGAAGGGGAGAAGCGGAUCUUGUCGGCAUCCUCCAGGAGGAGGCGGGCUGCGAGAACGAGGGCAGCAGGGCUGGGGGAGUUCCCACGGGCGGUGGGAGGCGGCGAGAUUGGCUCCGACCCGGGUCCCGACCGUGCGGUGACGCUCUUGGAAGCUCGCCCCGCCCCCGCCCACCCCAGCCCCCAGUCCCCAGUCCCCAGCCCGCCUCUUCCCUGCUUAGGGCGUGAGGGGUGGUUGGGAUCUGUCUGGACGAGAGCAGAAAACUUUUACCCUCCAGGCCCCCGGGUCCCUUUUGUCUUUCUUGGAGGCGGCGACGACUCCUGAGCGGCGAGUCCCUGCCUCCCGGCCGGCGCGCUGCACCCGCUGACCUCCGAGGGCAAGAGCGCUCGGGCUCCUUGCGCUCGAUGGCGGCGGCCAGCGGCCCCGCGACCCGCGGCGGGCACAGGCAGCAGCUCGGCCCACGCCCCGAGACCGCCGCCGCCCCCACGGCGCGGGGGUAAGGGUCGCCCCCCACCCUCCGCUGCCGGUCCCCCGCCCUCGCCGCCCGCCCCCUCGCCUGACUCAUCCGCCCGCGGUGGCCGCGCCGCGUCCGCCGCCCGAGCCCAGCCGGGAUGGGGAGGGAGCCCGCGGCUGCCGGCGGCUGCGGAGACUCCCGCUGACGCCCCCGAGCCCGCCGCCUCUUCCGCUCGUCUGAAGAGGCUCCCGACGUCCCAACUGCUCCUGCAGUGAGAGUCCGGAGAGACCCCCCGGACCCCUGAGGCCGCGCGUUCAGGACAGUUCCGCGAUGCUUCAGCUGGAGCAGGAGAAGGCUUAUCACCUUGCAACCUGGGAUCUUGCAUCCCUUUUGAAAACACUUCCCUGGGAGUCUAAGCAGCAACCAACUCAUAAGCAGUCUCCCAUGACUAUCAACUACAAGAAGGAUUUUCAGAGCAAAAGACUGAGCUAUGAUAGCAACCGGUGGUGUGAUAACCGGCCUGGCUGCCUUGAAAAGGCAAGACUCUGCCAGGUCACAGCAUCAUGUCAGCCUCAGCCCCUCGCCUACUGCCCACGAGAAGAAACCGGUCAGGCGGCGGCCUCAGGCCGAUGUCGUAGUCGUUCGAGGCAAAAUCCGGCUUUAUUCCCCAUCCGGUUUCUUCCUCAUUUUGGGAGUGCUUAUCUCCAUUGUAGGAAUUGCAAUGGCAGUCCUUGGAUAUUGGCCCCAAAAAGAACAUUUUAUUGAUGCUGAGACGACACUGUCAACCAACGAGACUCAGGUCAUUCGGAACCAAGGUGGCGUGGUGGUCCGCUUCUUUGAGCAACAUUUGCAUUCUGAUAAAAUGAAAAUGCUUGGCCCUUUCACCAUGGGGAUUGGCAUUUUCAUAUUCAUUUGUGCCAACGCCAUUCUCCAUGAGAACCGGGACAAAGAAACCAAAAUCAUACACAUGAGGGAUAUCUAUUCCACAGUUAUAGACAUCCACACACUGAGAAUCAAGGAGCAAAAGCAUAUGAAUGGCAUCUACAAUCUCCCAUUGAUGGGAGACACAGAAGUAAAACAGAAUGGGAGCUCCUGUGCCUCGAGACUGGCCGCAAAUACCAUUGCCUCUUUUUCAGGUUUUAGGAGCAGUUUUCGGAUGGACAGCUCUGUCGAGGAGGAUGAGUUUGCACUAAACGAAAAUAAGAGUUUGGGGCAUCUCAUGCCCCCUUUGCUUUCAGACAGCUCCGUCUCUGUCUUUGGCCUCUAUCCACCUCCCUCCAAGACGACUGAUGAUAAGUCCAGCGGCCCUAAGAAGUGUGAAACCAAAUCAAUUGUGUCAUCGUCCAUCAGUGCUUUUACAUUGCCUGUGAUCAAACUUAAUAACUGUGUUAUUGAUGAGCCCAGUAUAGAUAACAUCACUGAAGAUGCUGAGAACCUCAAAAGUAGGUCAAGGAAUUUGUCGAUGGAUUCGCUCGUGGUCCCUGUGCCCCAUGCCAAUGAGUCCUUCCAGCCAGUCAGCACCGUGUUCCCAAGGAAUAAUUCCAUUGGGGAGUCGUUGUCGAGCCAAUACAAGUCUUCUGUGGCCCUUGGACCCGGGGCUGGACAGCUCUUGUCUCCUGGGGCUGCUAGAAGACAGUUUGGGUCCAACACUUCUUUACAUUUGCUCUCGUCACAUUCAAAAUCCUUAGACUUAGACAGGGGUCCCUCCACCCUAACUGUUCAGGCAGAACAACGGAAACACCCAAGUUGGCCUCGGUUGGAUCGAAGCAACAGCAAAGGAUACAUGAAACUAGAGAAUAAAGAGGACCCCAUGGAGAGGCUGCUUGUACCCCAAGCUGCGAUCAAAAAAGACUUUACUAAUAAGGAGAAGCUUCUCAUGAUUUCAAGAUCCCAUAACAAUUUGAGUUUUGAACAUGAUGAAUUCUUGAGUAACAACCUAAAGCGGGGAACUUCUGAAACGAGGUUUUAAUGUUAAAAAAUAUAUCAUUUUACAAGGCUAUAUAUUUUAAAACUAUUUUCACUGGUGUUUCCCUGUUAAAGUAUGGAUCAUACGCAUUUUUUAUCAAACGGUUUGUAGUGGGUUAGACCUGGUUGCUUAAUUCUGUGGCGGCGAUGGCUGUAUGUUCAGGUUACUUAUGAUCACAGGACUUUCUCUGAUCACCCGUGAUUUUAUAUUCUCCCUUCUUUUGAAAAUGUAUCUCUUCUAUCAAUGUGCACACAGAACACUUCCAUCUGUAGUAAAGCUCCCUUUAUUUACUUUUAAAUUCUCUCAUUGAUGGCCAUCUGUAUAAGAUGAAUUGUCCAGAGUACAAAUUUUCUAAACAACUGCUUUUUAAAAAAAAAAAUAAAAAAUCAAUUAAAUUAUUUAAAAGGAGAAAGAUCUAGUUUCUGGGUGAGCUAAAUAAUUUGGACUGGUGAAAUUGGUCUAGUUCCAUGUGAACUAAUUGAUAGGAAUUAUUUAAUUUAGUUGUGUUUAGUACCCUGAGCUCUGGGGCUCUUUUUUCAUUAUUUGUUCUAUUUUAGUGUUAUUUUAUCAAGAAACCAUGUAUUCAAGAACCAUGGCUGAGAGUGCCAGGUAUUCUUAGGAGUAAAUAUCAAAAUGCUAUUAGCUAUAACUUUAGAUAUUCAGAAUCAAAAUUUAUCUGCAUCUAACUUGAAAAAGGAAUGAACCAAUUUAGUUUGUAGGAAUGCUAUCUUGAAAUAAUUAUAUACAUGAAGAAGAUGUUGAUUAGUCACAAAAAUACACUAUGGGUUAGUUAACGCUAACUAGUCUCCAUAUCUUUCCUAGCUAUCUCUUUUAUCAUCCAGCAUCCAUUCAUUCCCACAUCCUUCUUUUCCCUCAAGAUUUUUCAGAUCCUGUUCUUUGGAAAACAAUCAGCUAACCUUGACUUUUCUUUUUAUCUUUGUGUAUCACUAGCUUGGUGAUUCAAGAAAAUUUAGUCCUUGACAAAUUGCCUUGAAAUUUAUCUUGUGCUGGAAAGCCUUAUGAAGACCCCAAAGACUUUCUUAUGGUGUAAUACAUUUUGGGGAUUGUAACUCUCAAUUAUUGAAGAAAACAAAUACGAAAAUGAAUGUUUCCAUUAGAAAAUGUUCAUGUUUCCCAUUAAGGUAACAUUUAAUUGUAAGAACUGUUUAAUGGAAUACUCAGGAAAUUUUACAGGUUCUUGCUAAUGCCUAAAUGUUACUGAGCAUCAGUAUUAUUGCAGCUAUUGUGGAAAAGGAGAAGGAAGAUAUAUUUCUGUGCGUAGCUCCCCACAAUUCCAUCUUGUGAUGGCAUCAUGACAUUGAGUCAAUGUUACUUGUUAGAACACCAAGCUUGUAUACUGUAAUAGAGUGGACUCAAUAUUUUACUAUAAAGCAUUUAAUAAACUUCUGUUCUUAUUAGAAAUUUGUGUUCUGCCUACAUUUGCUAUCAUUUUUUAAAUAUGCAAUUCUGUUUAAAGUAUUGUUUUUCAAACUUUUGAGAUAUAUUCUGUUGAAGACUCCUGAUACUCCAGUAUAUGUAUUGGGUUCUGUGGCUUUCUUAUUUUGCUCCUAUUAAAGAGCUAGGUCUACCCACCUAUUGAAU